AUGCGUCUCAAGCGCCAUCAAAAAGCCGAACGCAAUAUCAACUUCUAUUGUGUCAGCUUUGGCUUUCGAAAACCCUUUCAAAUACUAGUUGAUGGCACGUUUUGCAUGGCUUCAGCACAAAACAGAGUGCAAUUACGCGAAGAUAUUCCCAAGUAUUUGGGUGGCGAUGUAAAAUUUUUAACCACUCAGUGUGUUGUUCUUGAGACUGAAGCCUUGGGUACCGCUGUUCGGCCGGCUAUGCACAUUGUAAAGAAUUUUGGUAUACAUAAAUGUGGACAUGAAAAGAAACCCAUAUCCGGAGCUAGUUGCCUAACGUCAAUGACACAAGAUAAUAUGAAAACGAGAUAUAUUAUUGCUACUCAAGACAAGUCACUUCAAAAUGCCCUUUAUGUUCUUCCCGCUGUCCCUGUUAUGUAUUUUAAUGGUUUAAGUGUCAUUUUGAAAGCACCUUCACCAACCUCUAUUGAUCAUGCCAAACAAAAGCGACAAUCUAGAUUUAAUUUAACUGAACAUGAGAAUAAUGUUUUAACAAGUAUGAAAAGUUCAAUAACAACAGAGUUAGUCAGUAGUGAAGAAUUUAAAGAUUACCCUGGGGUAUUUAAAAGAGCUAAAGGACCAAAUCCACUUUCGUGCAAACCUAAAAAGAAGAAAAUUGUUGAAGAUAAUGAUAUACCCAAAGUGGAAAAUAAAACAAAACGUAAAAGAAAUAGAGUUAAAAUACCAAAACAUGUAAAAGAAGAAUUAAAAAAAAUGAAUAAGCCAAUUUCAAUCUCAUAG